AUGAGUAGCAGCAGCAGCAGCAGCAGCAUGAGCAGCAGCGAGUCUCCUUCGUUGCAGCUGCGGGUCCUUAGGCUGGCAGGGGGUCCGUCUCUUCAUUCGAGGGGUGGUGCUGCUGCUGCUGCUGCUGCUGCUGAAUGUUCAUACAUUGCAACUGUUGAUGGUUCGCUGAUCAGAACAGAAGGAGACGGGCAGCAAAUGCAAACCAUCGAAUUCUCCAGCUUUAAAGAGCAGCUGCAGCUGCGGCGUCUCUUUCUGUCUCCUUCUGGGCAGCAUUUGAUUGCAGCAGCAGCAAAUGGUGUUACGGUAGUGGGUCUGCUGAACGGCGAGCUGCGGCUGCCAGCAACAGCAGCAGCAGCAGCAGCAGCAGCAGGCAGCAGCAGCGGCAACCUGUUGUCGUUUCCUCCUGAAGUGGUGUUGCUGCCUUCGUCGGCUCUGGUUGCUGCAGCAAGUCGAGGGAACACAGCAGCAGCAGCAGCAGCGUGUUUUAGUUUAGUGGGUCUGCUGAACGGCGAGCUGCGGCUGCCAGCAACAGCAGCAGCAGCAGCAGCAGCAGCAGGCAGCAGCAGCGGCAACCUGUUGUCGUUUCCUCCUGAAGUGGUGUUGCUGCCUUCGUCGGCUCUGGUUGCUGCAGCAAGUCGAGGGAACACAGCAGCAGCAGCAGCAGCUGCUGCAGCAGCAGCAGCAGCACCAGCAGAUGCAUUAAACCCGCAGCAGCCCCCCUCCCCGCUUAGCUUUGCUGUUACUGCUCACCACUUCUUAUUUCUUUAUGAACACUGCAUGAUUGCAUAUUCGAGGAUCUCUAGGCAAUUUAACAUGUUUCUCGCACUCCCCCAACACCUGUAUGGAAAGGGGCUGCAGCUUAUUCAGGACAGCAGCAGCACCUGCAGCAGCAGCAGCAGCAGCAGCAGCAGCAGCAAAGGUUUGCUGCUGCUGACAACAGAGUUUGCAGCCAAUCUCUUGCUGCAGCACGAAGAUGCUAAUGCAUGGGAGUUGCUUCUCGCCCGCCACGCAAUUCUGUCUAUCCAGAACUCGGAGGUUCGCUGCAAUUUGUUUGUAUCUUAUGCACCGCUGCUGCUGCUGCAUCACCCGCAGCAGUUUGCUGCUGCAGCACGAAAGCCAGAGUUGGGGGCCCUGCAACCUUGGCUGCUGCUGCCCGCACUAAUGCUGCCUAUCAUUCUGCUGCAGCGGGACAAGCAGCAGCAAGUUAGCAGCAGCAACAACAACAGCAGCAGCAACAACAGCAGCAGCAGCAACAACAACAGCACCAGCAGCAGCAGAAGCUACGCAUGUUGGAAGGCUGCGGACUGUGCGUUGCGGGGCUGUACAGGGAUGCCUUUUUCCUUCGGCAGAGAGGGCCCCCUGCAUGCAAACGGAGUUGCAGCUAUCAGCAGCAGCAGCAGCAGCAGCAGCAGCAACAGCACUUGCAGCUGGGCUUCGCCAGCAGGCCUAGGGACGGCGCUGCUGCUGCUGCUUGCUGAGGCUCCCUACGACUCCGAGACAGCGGCGGAGCCUUUGAUGCCUUAUUAUGUCUACGCCACUGCCAAGAGAAGCAGAGGAGAAGAGCAGUCAUUCUGCU